GAGCUUGCAGGAGUGUUUGGGUAUGAACACUUAAAUGGGAAGAAAAAAUGGUGACUGGGGGCGUUGGAUAAAGAUCAGAUCCCCAUUAGGAGAGAGAAUCGUUUUAUUGCUGGUGGGCUGUAGAAAAGAUCCCAAGAACAAACCCUUGGAGUCAGCCCAAGAAGGAAGAGUGGCAAAGGGGUUGGUAACUGAGAAGAACUGAGGUUACAUUGAAACAACUGAACAGAUGGAAGUUCUUAAAUGGAGACAGAUAUGAGUGGCAAAGGUGUCUUUUUGUGCAACCUGGUGCCCUUAUGGUCGGUCUCUUCAGCUGAGAUGACAACAUAAGGGAGGGAAGCUCCUGCGGUCUUAGGACCUACUAAAAAUGUCACCUGGGCUCUUUGGCCUUCCACUGGCAUCAUAUCUCUGUGUUGAUUUUGUCUUUCUGCACCACGACGGCUACCUUAUUGGGUAACGGAAAAGAACCAGGAAUAUUGUGUGCCUGCCUCCACUGAGGCUGUCCCAUCCAGCUCUUAUGGCUCAGCAACGUGGGGUCAAUAGCCUGCGCUUCAAUCAAGAUCAGAGCUGUUUCUGCUGUGCUAUGGAGACAGGUGUUCGGAUCUAUAAUGUGGAACCUCUUAUGGAGAAGGGCCACCUUGAUCACGAACAGGUGGGCAGCGUAGGGCUGGUUGAAAUGCUACACCGAUCUAAUCUUCUUGCUAUUGUAGGAGGAGGUGGCAACCCUAAAUUCUCGGAGAUCUCAGUCUUGAUCUGGGAUGAUUCUCGUGAAGGGAAAGAAGGCAAAGACAAAUUAGUUUUGGAGUUCACCUUCACCAAACCAGCAUUGGCUGUCCGCAUGAGACACGACAAAAUAAUAAUUGUGCUGCGGAAUCGAAUCUAUGUGUAUUCUUUCCCCGACAACCCCACUAAGCUCUUCGAGUUUGACACCAGAGACAACCCCAAAGGGCUUUGUGAUCUCUGCCCCAGUUUGGAAAAACAGCUCCUGGUUUUCCCUGGGCAUAAAUGUGGCAGCUUACAGCUUGUGCCUUCAGUUCUGUUUCCUACUCUUACAGCUAUCUGUGUGGAUGGUACUUUCCAUAAGUACGUCUUCACUCCUGAUGGAAAUUGCAACCGUGAGGCCUUCGAUGUCUACUUGGAUAUAUGCGACGAUGAUGACUUUUGAGUGUAGCUUCAUUCCCGUUGUUCAGGCAAAAAGCAUGCGAGGCUGAAGCAUUGAAAUCCAGUGUUACACCAGCGGCAACGGGAGUUUCCUUUCCUCUCCACCUUUUGCCCCCGUAUGUUUCAGAAGGUUCUUUAAUAUUCCAUAACAAAUUUGGAGGUGUGGGGGGAAGCUGCAGGGAAUGGGAAUUCUGCUGGCAGAAGGCCAUCAUUAGAUAUACUGCAAAGGUUUUCAGAGUGCCGAGAUGGAAAAUGCUGAAAGCAUCUUGCUGUAAGAUGGAGUGAAUUCUGGAGAACAGCUGCACUUUUUCUUCCUUGAUGCCACCUUUCCAGAAGUCUGUUCUUACUGCUGCUUUAGCUCAGCUGCCGUAUUCAUUUGGGACUGAGAAAUACAGACAGCCGAGUUUGGAGAGGAAGAACCUGCCAGAUCACUGUACUUUCUAUACCCUGGAACCUUAGGAGGUUACAUAUCUGGAUGUGCCCAACAAUGAUGGGCAUUUGGGGAGGAGGGAAAAAGGCACAGUUAACAUUAAGAAUCAAGAACAGAUGUUUAUGUUAUUUAAUUGACAUUCUGUGAACAAUAAAGGAUGAAGGAAAUUCUGAAGAACUGAAA